GUAGCCAAUCUUUUGAGGAAACGAUUCCCGAGGCAGAUAACGUAAGCGAGACGGAAUCCGAAGAGAAUAAAUACGACGUUCCGCGCAGACUGUUUCAGCGCCGAGAUGCCUCUCCGGAGUCCGGGUGCCAAAGCGAUGGAGCCGACGAUUCCGAAAUUGAAGACAAUGUCUACGUCGACAUGAAAUCUGUGUCUCUAAAUUCCGGCCUCCCAAGGGGACCCCCAUCACUACCACGCAAAGGGUUAAAAUCAUAUGAAUUGUUUGACAGGGUCAUCCAAAAUCCAGACAGUUCAAAGAACGCAGGUAUCACCCAAUCAGCGGAACCCGCAAAGGACUCCUUAACCGAAGAAGAAGAGGAAAAACUGAGCGAGAAGCAAAAUCAAGAUGAUUUGGUGGAAGUAGAAAUUUCCAUGCUGAAGGAACACUUGAAAAACUUUCUGACUGUACUAGAAGUCGGGGAAUAUUUAUGCGUCUCCAAGUGGAACGGCCCCAAAGAAAUCGGAUGCAGAUUUUAUCACGGCGACCACAUCAAAGCUGUUAACGACAUCAGACUCAAAACGAACGACUUGUAUACGGAAUUGCUGGAGAAUUCUCUAUCGGAUCAGGUGAGACUGACCGUCGUCCGUAACCCAAAAGCCGAGGUUUUCCACACCGAAGGAUGCAGAUGCAAAAAUUCAUAAAAAAA